UCUGAAUCUGACGCAUGCGCCGUGAUUUAGGAUGACAAAUCGAUCAUCGAGUGAAUGUGUAUAAUCCGAUCAUUGCAACACAAUGACUGACAAACAAAAUGUUCAGAAAAGCGUGAAAAUAGCUGCUGGAGCCGUAGUUUGUGUUGAAAGUGAAAUCAGAGGAGAUGUCACCAUCGGUCCCAGAACGGUGGUCCACCCCAAAGCUCGGAUCAUUGCGGAGGCAGGACCCAUCAUAAUCGGAGAAGGCAAUUUAAUAGAAGAGCAAGCGCUCAUUAUUAACAGUUACCCAGAGAACAUCACACCAGAUUCUGAGGGUGUAGAACCAAAGACAAUGACUAUCGGUGUCAACAAUGUGUUUGAGGUUGGAUGUGUAUCACAAGCCCUGAAAAUUGGAGACAACAACGUCAUAGAAUCUAAAGCUGAUGUUGGCAGGAAUGUGAUCCUCACCAGCGGCUGUAUUGUUGGAGCCUUCUGUCAGGUCAACACGUGUGAGGUCAUACCUGAGAACACGGUCAUCUAUGGGUCUGGAUGCAUGAGGCGGGUUCAGACAGAGAGACCACAGCCUCAGACUCUUCAGCUUGACUUUCUGAUGAAGAUUUUGCCGAACUACCACCAUUUAAAAAAGACUGUUAAAGCCGGCCACAGUGCCACCGAAAACAUGAAGCUAUAAAAGGCUGGUAAAGUCAUUUGUGUCUGUAUAUAAUGCAAAACAUGCAGCACUUUCUUUAAAACUUUCAUUCUAAUAUUUUCUAUUUCAUGCAUUUAUUUAUCUUGCUGUGCUGCUGUUUCACCAAUUCAAUAAACAUUGGUGUGUUAUGACCGUAUU